AUGGCACAGAAUCCACUGCAAGUCGUGGAAGACGUCUUCGACCCAGGACUCAACGACGAGCCGGCAUUCAUGGACACCAACACUUUUAUGAAGACAUAUGUGCUGGAACUCGAGAAAGAAUGGGAGGUAGAUGGAAAGACGCCAGAGUGGGCGCCAGUGACGGAUGGGGGACCUCUCGAAUGGGGCAAAGAACAUCGGAGCAUGGAGCUGGUCGACAACGAUCGCGAUGAGGCAUUCCUUCAUGAUGAUCAGAUGGCAGUCAGCCCUGACGGCAAGCUCAUAGCUAUAUCUACCGAGAAGGUGAUUCGUGUCUACGGUAUGGCGGAUAAGGAGCUCAGAGGGGAACUUGUGGGACACUUGGGUUCUGUGUCGUCGAUGUUCUUCGCGCCACGAGUACCGGAGGAACAGCAAGAUGCGCAGUACUUGCUUCUCUCGCAGGGUGCCGGGGACCAUGGGGCGUACAAGCAAGAAGACGACACAAUCAUCAUCUGGCACCUUGAUCAUGAAGGAAAGUCCCUCACGAUUACCACACCUUUCGAAGUCGGGUCUCUCGCAGACAGAGCCAUAACCACCAUAUCGCAAGACCUCUCGAAUCAACACAACCUCUCCACCGAAGCGAUCGCCGACCUACGCAAAGGCUUCCUCGACGCCCUUAAGACCGCCGACACCAAGAACCGCCAAUCGUCCCUCCUAAGCUUCAAGGGUUCCUUUGGAUCUUUCAACUCCAACCCCGUCUCUCCCGAUGGCACUUUGAUCCUCGCCUUGACUUCCAACGAGAGCACCCCAUCCGGCACACGCCCCGCCGAGCUACUCCCCAAAAUCGUCGUCCGCUCCAUCCUCAACCCAAAAAUCGACCCUGUUGCGAUUAUGCAAGGACACAUCGACGCCAUAAUGUGGGCCUCCUUCUCUCCGACUGACUCCUCAAUCAUCGCCUCGGCCGCCUGGGAUGGUACCUACCGCAUGUGGAAUACCUCUACCUCACCCCCAACUACCCUCCACACCAUAAAGCCCAAGAAUAAAGUCCAAAAUUGGAGCGGCGCCUUCUCCCCAUAUAGUGAAUACAUCCUGCUCUCGGGGACAGACAACGUCGCAAUUUACUCCGUCUCCACAGGCGAGAAACUACAUUCUCUGUCCUCAUGUGAGGAGUUCAAAGUCGCUUCCUGGACACGCACAAUCUCCUGGAACCCCGUCUCAAACUCCAUAGCCCUGGCUUCCGGCUCGCAGAUCCUCCUCUGGGAGCCCUUCGACACUGAAUCUCCCAACAAGUGUUCCGCAGUCGUAACCCAUCCCUCUAGCGGCAAGGACAAGAGGGAAUGUAUGCUCGAUAUCUUCCGUGAGUUUCAAGCGGUGAAAUGGUUGGAUGAAGAUGUCCUAGUGGCAAAAGCGGCGGAGAAUAGCUGGUUGCUGUGGGACCGAGCGAAGGGGCUGAAGUGGAGAUUUCAGAGGCCGAAAGGGACGGAAGGGGAGUUGUACUCGGAUGGAUGUGCGCUGUUGAAGGGAGAGGACGGGAAGAGGGUCUUUGUCAGUCUAGAUGCGGAUAGGAAGGUGAGGGAGUGGGCUAUGGAUUGA